CGCGAGAGAGCGAGGAGAAGCAGGGGGGUGGUCUCCGUUGUUUGUUGAAGAUGUUCAUAGAGAAGUUCAAGGUGGACAGCCCCAACGUGAGGUAUGGCGAGGAGGCGAUCGAGGCGGUGUACCAUUACGAGACUACUGAGCUGGUGCACGAGAACCGGGAGGGGGACUACCAAUGGGUCGUCAAGCCCAAGACCGUCGGAUACAACUUCAAGACCGACACCCGCGUCCCCAAGCUCGGUGUGAUGCUCGUGGGAUGGGGCGGGAACAAUGGAUCCACCCUCACAGCCGGAGUAAUCGCCAACAAAGAGGGGAUCUCUUGGGCGACCAAGGACAAGGUGCAGCAAGCUAACUAUUUUGGAUCCCUGACCCAGGCCUCCACCAUCAGGGUUGGCUCCUUCAAUGGGGAGGAGAUCUAUGCCCCCUUCAAGAGCCUGCUUCCUAUGGUUGAUCCGGAUAAUAUAGUGUUUGGGGGAUGGGAUAUCAGCGACAUGAACCUGGCAGAUGCCAUGGCCAGGGCCAAGGUCCUGGACCUAGACCUUCAGAAGCAGCUGAGGCCCUACAUGGAGUCCAUGGUCCCCUUGCCUGGGAUCUUCGACCCCGACUUCGUCGCCGCAAACCAGGGUGCUCGGGCCAACAAUGUGAUCAAAGGAACCAAGAAGGAGCUGGUCCAACAAAUUAUCAAGGAUAUAAGGGAGUUCAAGGAGAAGACAAAGGUGGAUAAGGUGGUUGUGCUAUGGACUGCUAACACAGAGCGGUACAGCAAUGUAGUUGUGGGGCUUAACGACACCGUGGAGAAUCUCAUGGCUUCCCUGGAGAAGAAUGAUGCCGAGAUAUCUCCAUCAACAUUGUAUGGGAUAGCUUGUGUUCUGGAAAAUAUGCCUUACAUCAACGGAAGCCCACAGAACACUUUCGUGCCUGGGCUCAUUGAUCUGGCUAUUCAAAGGAACAGUCUUAUAGGAGGAGAUGACUUCAAGAGUGGGCAGACCAAGAUGAAGUCUGUCUUGGUUGAUUUUCUGGUGGGAGCAGGAAUUAAGCCGGCCUCUAUUAUCAGCUACAAUCAUCUGGGAAACAAUGAUGGGAUGAAUCUCUCGGCGCCACAAACCUUCAGGUCCAAGGAGAUCUCAAAGAGCAAUGUUGUCGAUGACAUGGUCUCGAGUAAUGGCAUCCUCUAUGAGACUGGGGAGCACCCUGACCAUGUUAUUGUCAUCAAGUAUGUACCAUAUGUCGGGGACAGCAAGAGGGCAAUGGAUGAAUACACAUCAGAGAUAUUCAUGGGCGGCAGGAGUACCAUCGUUCUUCACAACACUUGCGAGGACUCCUUGUUGGCUGCACCCAUCAUAUUGGACUUAGUGUUGCUGGCUGAGCUGAGCACUAGAAUCCAACUUAAAGCUGAGGGAGAGGACAAAUUCCACUCUUUUCACCCGGUGUCCGCAAUUCUGAGUUACCUCACCAAGGCUCCACUUGUUCCUCCAGUUACACCAGUGGUGAAUGCCCUCUCCAAGCAGAGGGCCAUGCUGGAGAACAUACUCAGGGCUUGUGUUGGCCUGGCCCCGGAGAACAACAUGAACCUUGAAUACAAGUGAGAUGAGCAAAGAGAGAAGGAUGGUGGAACGUUAAAGUUCAGAGAUGGGUUUGUUUAUCUUGUUCUUUGGUUAGUGUUGGCCCUCUUCACCCGUUCCACUUGUGGUGCAAGCGUUCCUCCCGAAUGAUAAAAGCCUAGCAAGGGAGGGAGGUAUAGUCUCUAAAGUAUUUCCAGUCUCGAGUGUGCUGAUGAGAUCCUAAUGCUAAGCUGAGUGGUUUAUUGUCUCCUAGGAGGUACUGCUCUGGUGUAUUGUGUUGUUGAGAAAUUCCAGUAGCCAGUUCAAUUUUAUUCUAUA